UUGCUCCUUGUUACCUGUUCAAAAUUAACGUAUAAAUUUAACUAUGAAUAAAUUUGCUUUUUAAAAUCAUGUGAAAAAAAUCCAGGGUGAUAAGUUCUUGUAAUUUAACUCACCCCAUGGUGGCGACGGCUACAACGUUGUGCGCACGCCCGCUUUUCUGUAUUCACGCGAAAUACGCAGGACGGAUCGCGCUCUCCCGACGUGGAAUUCAAUUUUUCACUCGGAAGGGCAGUUCAAGAUCACGUAAACCGCCCGUCAGUCGUAACCGAGAGCUCACAGACAAAUAUCUUCACUAUAAUCCAUUAAAAAUGGUUUACCCUACUAUUCACGAUGGCGAAAUCGAGGCGGGUGCAGUUGAAAAGCCCACAGUCGCCAACGUCGGCUCCCAGCUCCAGCAUAUGUGCGGCCUCGACAUUGACUCCAAGUCUUCGUACAUCCGUCUCUCCGGAAUAAUCUGUACUAUUGGACCGGCCUCCCGUAAUGUAGCUGUGCUAGAGAAGAUGAUGGAGACGGGAAUGAACGUGGCAAGGAUGAACUUCUCGCACGGUUCCCACGAGUACCACGCAGAGACCAUUCGCAAUUGUCGCGAGGCUGAGAAGAGUUACAGCGCUAAAUUAGGUUCACCCUUCUCUUUGGCCAUCGCAUUGGACACUAAAGGACCUGAGAUCAGAACUGGGCUCUUGGAAGGCGGCGGCUCAGCUGAAGUCGAACUGAAGAAGGGAGAGACUAUAAAGUUGACGACAAGUUCGGAUUAUCAAGAGAAAGGCAAUGCUGAUACAAUUUACGUGGACUACAAGAACAUAACGAAUGUCGUGAAGCCAGGAAACCGAAUCUUCAUCGAUGAUGGCCUCAUCUCUAUCAUCUGUCAGUCGGUCAGCGCUGACACUCUUACGUGUACCAUUGAAAACGGAGGUAUGCUCGGAUCCCGGAAAGGCGUCAACCUGCCCGGCAUACCCGUGGACCUACCCGCAGUCUCCGAGAAGGACAAGUCGGACCUGCUCUUCGGCGUCGAACAAGGCGUUGAUAUGAUUUUCGCGUCAUUCAUCCGCAACGGCGCCGCGCUGCACGAGAUUCGCGGCAUCCUCGGCGAAAAAGGCAAGAACAUCAAGAUCAUUUCCAAGAUCGAAAAUCACCAGGGAAUGGUCAAUUUAGACGAGAUUAUAGCUGAAUCCGAUGGUAUCAUGGUUGCUCGUGGAGAUCUGGGUAUCGAGAUCCCCCCAGAAAAGGUAUUCCUCGCCCAGAAGACCAUGAUUGCCAGAUGCAACCGGGUUGGAAAACCAGUGAUCUGUGCGACUCAAAUGCUGGAAUCCAUGGUUAAGAAGCCCCGUCCCACCAGAGCCGAGAUCUCUGACGUGGCCAACGCCAUCCUCGACGGAGCCGACUGCGUGAUGCUCUCCGGGGAGACUGCCAAGGGCGACUACCCUGUCGAGUGUGUCCACACCAUGGCCAACAUUUGCAAGGAGGCUGAAGCUGUAAUCUGGCACAGGCAACUCUUCAACGACCUUGUGUCCGAGGUGAAGCCGCCGAUCGAUCCCGCGCACUCGGCCGCCAUCGCCGCGGUGGAGGCGGCCACCAAGUGCCUGGCGUCGGCCAUCGUGGUGAUCACGACGAGCGGCAAGUCGGCGCACCUGCUCAGCAAGUACCGGCCGCGCUGCCCCAUCAUCGCCGUCACCAGGCACCCGCAGACCGCCAGGCAGGUGCACCUCUACCGCGGCGUGCUGCCCAUUGUCUACCAAGAGCCGACGGCGUCGGACUGGCUGAAGGACGUGGACAACCGCGUGCAGAGCGGGCUGCGGUUCGGGCGGCAGCGCGGCUUCGUGCACCCCGGGGACAACGCGGUCGUCGUCACCGGCUGGAAACAGGGCUCCGGCUUCACCAACACCGUCCGGGUCAUUCAAUUGGAAUAAUGACAAAGCUUCAAAGAAGACGAAAAUCGGCAUUUGUCCUAAGUAUUAGUUCAAGUGAUAACCUAUUUAAAACUUAGUUUUGUGUUUUUCCUUAUUUAAAUAAAGCGACUCUGUUCCUGCAAAUAAAUACACCAUAGACAAAGAAUAUGUCAUAGACAAAUUUUUUUCUUAAUGAAUUAAACAUUAUCUAUGGUCGCAUCACAAUGUCGUAAUGGAUAUCAGUUUUAUUUGUGAAACUAAUUAUAUGUAUAAAAGGAACGUAUCUCGAAAUUGUAUAUUAGUUAUAGGCGUACAUGUUUGUAUGAAUAAUAUUAUGUAAUUCAAAGACAAUGAAUGUUGCGUAAUAAAAAUAAAAUGCAAUA